GGAAAAUUACCAAACUACCCUUCCACCUGGUUUACCCGAACAUUAGUAAUCUCUCCUGUGGGAUCGAAAAUUCGUUUUCUAGGGUUCUCUUUCAUCUUCUCCACCAAUCCUAACCAGGUAAUAGAAAAGACGAGAAAAUCCAAUCUCCUUCUCUUUCAGAUCUCUUCUCACUAUCUGCAAAUCGCAAUCCCAUACGCUUCAAAAUCUAGAUUUUCAUUUCGCCCUCUUCUUUCCUCCGCAGAGUACUUCCGUGUCUUUUCUCUUUUCACGGAGAAAUCGAUUCUAAUGGCGUCCGGAAGAGCCAUUAGUCAGCUUCUGAGUAGAAGAUUUCAGUCGCAAUCUACUACAGCAGCUCCUGUAGUGUCAUCAUUUAUGUCGAAGAGGGAUCAAGAUGGAUUUGGUUCUGCCGGCAUGAAGUCCCUAAGAGCAUUGGCACUCCUUGGAGCGGGUGUUUCUGGUCUUCUCAGUUUCGCCAGCAUAGCAUCUGCUGAUGAAGCGGAGCAUGGCUUAGCUUGUCCAAACUAUCCUUGGCCCCACAGUGGCAUUCUUAGUUCCUAUGACCACGCAUCGAUUCGGCGUGGUCACCAAGUUUACCAACAAGUUUGCGCGUCUUGUCACUCGAUGUCUCUGAUUUCAUAUCGAGAUCUUGUUGGUGUGGCAUAUACGGAGGAGGAGACAAAGGCUAUGGCAGCUGAGAUUGAAGUGGUUGAUGGGCCUAAUGAUGAAGGUGAGAUGUUUACCCGUCCUGGUAAGUUAAGUGAUCGUUUCCCUCAGCCCUAUGCGAAUGAACAGGCAGCAAGGUUUGCUAAUGGAGGGGCAUAUCCUCCUGAUCUGAGCCUCAUUACAAAGGCCCGACACAAUGGUCAGAACUAUGUGUUCGCUCUCCUCACUGGCUACCAUGAUCCUCCUGCUGGUGUUUCGAUUCGAGAAGGGUUGCACUACAAUCCAUACUUUCCUGGCGGUGCGAUAGCUAUGCCCAAAAUGCUUAUUGAUGGUGCUGUUGAGUAUGAAGAUGGUACUCCUGCAACCGAAGCCCAGAUGGGAAAAGAUGUUGUAACAUUUUUAUCAUGGGCAGCAGAACCAGAGAUGGAAGAGAGGAAGCUGAUGGGUUUCAAAUGGAUAUUUGUUCUGUCGCUGGCUCUUCUCCAAGCUGCUUAUUACCGGCGCUUGAGGUGGUCUGUUCUCAAGUCACGGAAACUGGUUCUUGAUGUUGUCAACUGAUCCUUGUUUCAUCAUAAAAUUUGUUUGUGUGCAAGGAUUCAAACAGAAUAAUGAGUGCAUGAUUUGGGAGUAUAUUGCUGUCGUAAAUGUGACAUGGUUUAGGCAGGCAAUGGAAAAUACAAUGAGAUACGUCCCAUUUCAAGUAUUUUUUAGAGAGAGGAAAAUGCUACUCAGAUUUUUUA